AUGACUCCCAAUCCGCGGCCAGUGGUGCCAAACGAGAUGGGGAAGCAAGCUGUGUAUAUCUCUAUUUUCCGCGGGGUGGUGUUCCGGGAAAUUGAAGUCUGCAUAAAUGCCAAGGUCGAGGAGCAGUUCGAUGCACGCUUCAGAGCGAGAUUCAAGGAGAGACUCGGCGAGGCAUUCGAGCCAAAAUUCAAACCCAUGGCCCAGCUUGUCCGCGGGAAUGUAGUCGAGGAGCUCGGCAACAAAUUGUCGCAGACCGUGGCGGGUAUCGUCUUCCACUCGGUAUUUCGCGAAGUAUUAGAUGAAACAGGUGCGGUGAUGCGCCGGCUUCAUGCUCCGAACACGUGGGUGCGAGACGCAAUGUACGAUCUGGUGUUCCAUGAGAAAUACGACGAGGUGAUGGACGAGCAAUUCGAUGACGAACUCGAAGCCACGUUCGACCCGGCAUUCGACGAAGCGUUCCCUGAGGUCUUUGAUCAGAAGUUCGACGAGCUUCUCGCCGUGGUCACCAAGGCGGAUUCUCCCAAAGCGGCUUAG